ACUCGCUGUCUUUUGAGCGGCGCACGUGGAGCAAAAUCGAACUGCUCACGUUUUUACUAAAUUCUGCUCCAAAAAACCGGAUAAAUUAAGUUAAAAAUAUGGGUCGGAAAGCGGAAUAUAGUGACAAACCGAAGAAGGGACCUGGACGCAAGGCCCGCAAACAAGGACCGCCUGUUUUUCGCAAACAAUCGUUUGCUCCCAUGGAAGAGGAGGACAAGAAGCUCUCCCACCGACAGAAGCAGAGAUUUGUGAAGCGGGAGCAGAAGAAAGUGGUCCAAAAGGCCAAACUGCAGGAGAAGAAAGCUAAGGGAAAGCUACCGCAACCGGCUAAAAGGAAGACGGCCUACAACAGCGACAGCGAUCCAGAGGACAAUGAAGAGGAGCAACAGGUUGCAUCCUCCGAUGAGGAGGUGCCUCAACUGGUGCCGGCCACGCAGAGCCAGAAAUCCACAGCUCCCAAGGGCUUUACAGAUGACAACGAUGCCUGGCUGAAGCCGAAAAAACAGAAGAAGCAACAAAAGCAGCCAGAAACGGAGUCCGAGGAGGAGGAUGAGGAUGAGGAUGAGGAGGCGGAGAACGGCUCCCAAGAUGAGUUGGAGGACGACUCUGACGACGACGGUGGUCUGGAAGCAGAAGAAGAAUCUGGAGAGGAAGAGGAGGAAGACGAGGAAGAGGACGAAUCUGACGACGACACCGCUCAGGUUGGCAAGCUGGCCGAUCUUUCCGAUGAUGAUGAUGUCAACUCCGACGAUGACUUUGAUAUAUCAGGCGAGGAAGAUGGUGUUCAGGCAGACAGUGACGAAGAGGAGGAUGAGGACGACGAUGAUGAUGAUGACAAGCUGCCUAUCGAACGGGCAAACAAGAAACUCAAAAAGCGCGAGGCUAAGGAAGCCCAACUGGCCGACGACGAAAUGUUGGAAACCGUUGACAGGCAGGAUGUUUUCCAGCUACCCGUCGAAGGCGAAGAAACCGAGAAGGACCUAACCCUGCAGGAAGUGCAACAGCGCAUUAAGGACGUCAGCUUGGUUUUAUCCGACUUUAAAAAGUAUCGCCAGGCGGAUAGGUCUCGCGGGGAGUACAUCGAUUUGCUGCGCAGGGAUCUGUGUUUGUAUUACAGCUACAACGAGUUUUUGAUGGAGAAGCUGAUGGACAUGUUGCCGCUGACAGAGCUAAUGGAAUAUCUGGAGGCCUCAGAGAUUGCUCGUCCCCUGACCAUACGGACCAAUACUCUAAAAACACGUCGUAGGGAUUUGGCCGGAGCUCUGAUCAAUCGUGGCGUCAACUUGGAUCCCCUUGGCAAAUGGACGAAAGUGGGAUUGGUUGUCUUUAACUCACAGGUGCCGCUAGGUGCAACUCCAGAGUAUCUGGCUGGCCACUACAUGAUUCAGGGCGCCUCCUCGCUGCUGCCUGUAAUGGCACUCGCCCCCCAGGAGAACGAACGCAUCCUGGACAUGUGCUCGGCCCCAGGUGGAAAGGGAUCCCACAUCGCAAGUAUCAUGAAGAACACUGGUGUGCUCUUCGCCAACGAUUCUAACAGGGAUCGCAUCAAGGCCAUUGUUGCCAAUUUCCAUCGCCUGGGAAUUGUGAAUGCUGUGGUCAGCUGCGAAGACGGCACAAAGUUCCGGAAUAUAAUGACUGGCUUCGACCGCGUCCUGCUUGAUGCUCCUUGCACAGGAACUGGCGUCGUUUCCAAGGAUCCCAGUGUGAAGACCACCAAGUCGGAAGUAGAUGUGCAAAGGUGCUACAACCUGCAGAGGAAGCUCCUGCUGACUGCCAUUGAUUGUACGGAUGCGAAGUCAUCAACUGGCGGCUACAUUGUCUACUCAACUUGCUCAGUGUUGCCCGAGGAGAACGAAUGGGUUAUCGACUAUGCAUUAAAGAAGCGAAAUGUCAAACUUGUGCCCACUGGUCUGGACUUCGGCGUAGAGGGCUUCACCAAGUUCCGGCAGCAUCGGUUCCAUCCUAGCUUAAACCUUACGAAGCGCUACUACCCGCACACCCACAACAUGGACGGAUUCUACGUGGCCAAGCUUAAGAAAUUCUCUAACACCAUACCUAUAACUAAGGAGCAGCAGGAGGAGGAUGAGAAGCAGCUGGACGAGGCCAUCGAGGCGGAGGCCACUACUGAAGCGGCUGCUGAGCCUGAGGAGGAGGAGGAAGCGUCAAAGGAGAAGGGUCCCCGAAAGCUGUUGGGCAAACGUGCCGGAAAACCGAGUUUCACCGAAAUCGAACAGGAGCUGAAAAAGAAGAAGCGAGAAGAGAGCAAGACCAAGUAUGUGGCCAAGGUGUUUGAGCAGCCCGUCAAGGCGCCCAAAAAGCCAAAGCCAGAACAGCCGGCGGAGAAGAAAGAGAAGAAAGCCCAGGCACCAGCCGAGAAAACAAAUGGAAGCGAGGCACCUUCUAAACCAACACCUAAAAAAAACCAAACUAACGGCCAAACUCCAGCUUCCAAUUCAGAUGCAAAACCAUUAAAUAAAAAGAACCAAGCAACGCAACCCAAGGAAAAUGGAUCCGCUUCACCAGCUAAACCUGAGGCCAAAAAGCCGACGGUCAAUGGCACAAAGUCCCCUACUAAACCAGCAGCUAAGGAACCGAAAAAUAAGCCACAGCCGAAAGGAAAACAGCCGGCCAAGGCAAGCGCCAAGCUGGCCAAGGCGCCGCGAGUGGAUAUCGACGACGUGCCCAUUCUGGAAGGGAAGCCCAUCAAGAAGCAGAACAAGCUGAAGCAAAAAUCCAAACAGAUUGGCCAGCUGAAAAAGUCCACGGCGGGAGCGAAUGCGGGAAAGAAGCAAAAGUUCAAGAAGUGAACACCUUAGAUCCAGUUUGGUUAAGUAGACUAUAAGCUUGUGACAUAUAGUUGGGGUAGUCCCGACGCGAUUACCUGUUUUAUAUUGCGAACUGUCUUAGCGAACGAUUGAAUUUUGAACUACAACAGUGGUGUAAUUAAGAUUCAAUAAACGUUAAGCUCUGAUUAAUGUA